AAUAUCUACCAGGACCCAGAGUGUAGUGUUAGGAUAGGAGAUUGUGUACGAACAAGUCAUUACGAGCGCUGGGUGGUCACAAAAGCAUCGAGCUCUCUCACUCAAAAACAGCAAUAAAGAGGGAAAACAAAAGCUAAAGAAUGAAAAGACAGACUCUUACUAUUUAAGGGCCACCCCUAGUCUCCCAAAGAGCCGCACUCCCUGCCUCCCAGAAAGCAAACCCGCCUUCUUCUCUCCCCCCUUCUUCAACCACACACUCCAGCAAUGCUCACCAAUCCCUCCUCUCCCCUCACAUUCUCCCCCAAUGCUUCCUGAGCUUCCUACCGCUGCCAUGGAGCUUGGGCAAGUGCUGGGCUUCACGGUGCCGGCCCCCAAGGAGAGUGAUAACAGCCUCAUGAAGAGAUCCAACUUCACCCAGGCUGCUGCCUCGUACCCUUCCCCCUUCCUUGACGAACAGAAGAUGCUCAGGUUCUCCAAGGCUGCUCACACGCAGCCAUCAGGUAUGGGUUUUGGAAGGCCAAAUGAACAGAGGUUCUUGUUAUCUAGAACCAAGAUGCCUUUCACUCCCUCACAGUGGAUGGAACUGGAGCACCAGGCUCUCAUAUACAAAUAUCUCAAUGCAAAGGCCCCUAUACCUUCCAGCUUGCUCAUCUCCAUCAGCAAAAGCUUCAUAUCAUCAUCCAAUAAAAUGGCUUGGAGGCCUGUCUAUCAAGGAUUCACAAAUACAGAUUCCGACCCGGAACCUGGAAGAUGCCGUCGAACAGAUGGCAAGAAAUGGCGGUGUUCAAAGGAGGCAAUGGCUGAGCACAAGUAUUGUGAGCGGCACAUCAAUAGAAACCGCCAUCGUUCAAGAAAGCCUGUGGAAAACCAAACUAGAAAGACUGCGAAAGAGACAACUGCUGGCUCAUUAUCAAGCCCUGUCUCACAGGGUAACUCGAAGAAAGCAAAAGCUAGUAAUGAGCUGAAGCCAGGAAGUGACAGUUAUUGGACAGAUAGUUUAAGCAGGACAAUGGUGAGCAAAGCACGAGCAAACAAACCUGAAGAAGGCAGUACUGUCCCACCGCUAAAUUCUACAAAUCACACAUUGUCCCUACUAUCUCAACUGAAGCAACAGAAUAAACAAGGUAAGUUCAGUCCUACAGUAGACAGUGAAUCGAUCUCCUCAAAUACAGUAUUGAAGCCUUGGGAGCGAAGCAACCAGCAGAGCAGUAAGGACAUUUCUUGCACACAGCUGCAUGAUCGGGAAUGCCUUCAAUCAGUUCUUCAGAAUUUUAGCUUGCACAAGAAUGACAAGAUUGAGUCUCAUAAAAACAAAGCUUCUAAUCAUGUACCAGUUACAUCACCUUUCUAUUCAUGUCCAGAAGGUUCAGGCAACAGCCGCCUUACAUCUGACAUGACACGAGUCCAGGAGGAUUGCAUCUCAAGCUCUUGGGAGAUGCCUCAAGGUGGACCUCUAGGGGAGAUCCUAACAAAUUCCAAGAAUACCGAGGAAUUGACCAAUAAGUGUGAAUCAAGAUCAUAUGGUUGGUUAUUGAAUCUCGACGACCAUGAAUUAUGAAUUCACAGUAAACAGGGAGCUAACAUAGCAAAACUCACCAUGCAACGGAACAAUGGUGAUACAAGCAGGAUGAAGUAGUUUAGAUGUGUACCCCAGCUAUGCUUGUUUUUCUCUCCUUUCUAUUUUCAGUAUUCUGUUUUGUAAUCUCCAGCUAGUUGAACUUUCAGUUUUUACGAACUUGGCUGUAUCCUAAAAACUUGUAGCUUGCCUUGUAUUA